AUGGAAGCGGGGAGGAAGGAGGAGAUAAAGAAAGGACCAUGGAAAGCGGAAGAAGACGAAGUGCUCAUCAACCAUGUGAAGAGAUACGGUCCUCGUGACUGGAGCUCCAUUCGAUCCAAAGGCCUUCUUCAACGCACCGGCAAAUCCUGCCGUCUCCGUUGGGUCAACAAACUCCGUCCCAAUCUCAAAAAUGGAUGCAAGUUCUCGGCGGAGGAAGAGAGGACGGUGAUUGAGUUGCAGUCGGAGUUCGGCAACAAAUGGGCGAGAAUCGCCACUUAUUUACCGGGACGAACUGAUAACGACGUGAAGAAUUUCUGGAGCAGCAGAACAAAGAGACUCGCUAGGAUCCUCCAUAACAACAACAACUCUGAUGCUUCCAGUUCCAGUUUCACUCCCAAAUCUUCUUCUCAUCGUUCCAAGGGCAAAAACGUCAAACCACUCCAAUCCUUCAAACCCCCUCAGGUUGAGGAAGAGAUUACAGCGUCUUCAUCGUCUUCCAAGAUUCCAGUUCCUUACUCAUCUGACAGAGUUGAUGAAACCAUGAGAUCAGAUCUCCAGCCUUUCACUUUUGGGACUGGUGGUCUUGCUCUAGCAGAGACGACGACGACGGCGACGAUGACACCUCUCUUCUCUGACUCACUGAUCCCAAACCAGCAACCAUUGGCCCCUUUCUCUCCAGACAGCAGAGAUCUUUUGGCUAGAUUCGAUGACUUCUACGGUAUACUUGGACCAGAAGAUUCCUCUGAGCCACUCUUCGCUCUUCCUCAGCCGUUUUUCGAGCCUUCUCCGCCUCCGAGGAGAUACAGACAUGUUUCAAGGGAUGAUGAUGAACAUUCUGAUGUCUUCUUUGACGAUUUUCCUGCUGACAUGUUUGAUCCAGUCCCUAGUCCUAGUCCUUAA